AUGGGGGUACAGAAUGAAGCUCCAGAUGAAGUGUCCAACGAACACCAACCGACAGCCGAGGUUACGGCGGAGCACAAGCCGAUGCCGGAGGGAGGGCUAGAGGGCUGGCUCAGCGUUCUCGCAGGCUUCUGUGUGUUUGUGAACUCCUGGGGCCUGAUCAGCUGCUAUGGCGCCUUUCAAGAAUUCUACCAAACGGUGCUCCUCCCGGACGAGUCCCCCUCGACCAUCUCCUGGAUUGGCAGCAUCCAAGCCACGCUGAUCGUCAUGGUCGGCAUGGUGACCGGUCCGUUGGUCGACUCGGGAUACCUUCGUCCGCUGAUCAUUUGCGGCUCUGUGCUGGUGGUAUUUGGCAUGAUGAUGCUCAGCCUCGCGACCGAAUACUACCAGGUCCUCCUCGCCCAAGGCUUCUGCGUCGGCAUGGGGGGCGGCAUCACCUACAUCCCCGCCAUGGUGGUGGUCUCCUCACACUUUACCACCAAGCGCCCGAUCGCCAUCGGUUGCGCUGCCAUCGGAUCUAGCGUCGGCAGCGUCAUUUUCCCCAUCAUGUUCCGUCGACUGCAACCCAUCAUCCACUUCCCCUGGAGCGUCCGCUGCAUCGCCUUCAUCAACCUCUUCCUAGCCCUCAUCACCUGCACCAUCCUCUGCCGCCGUCCCGGCAAACGAACCCGCACCCGCAGCCUCAUCGAAUGGCAAGCCCUAACCCACCUCCCCUUCAUGCUCCUCUCCCUCUCCAUGACCUGCGUCAUGCUCGCCUACUACGUCCCCAUCUUCUACAUCGCCACCUACGCCCGCUCCGCCCUGCACACCCCGACCAGCCUCUCCUUCUACCUCGUCUCCAUCACCAACGGCGCCUCCGCCUUCGGCCGCACCAUGCCCUACCUCCUCGGCGCGCGCAUCAAACCCAUCUUCAUCCUCAUCACCUGCGUCGCGGCCGCCGCCCUCGCCAUGUUCACCUGGAUCGCCACAACCAACACAGCCGGAUACAUCGUCUGGGCCUGCUACUGGGGAUUUGUCAGCGGGGUGCUGGUCACCGCGCCAACAUCCAUCGUCGCACACAAGGCCUUUUGCCCCGAUAGCGACUAUCUCGGUACCCGCAUGGGCAUGAUGUGGGGGAUCAGUUCCGUCGGAUCCUUAGUCGGCACGCCGGUAGCCGGCGCGUUGGUGGAUCUUAUCGCAGCAGACUUUUUGCGUGCACAGAUAUUCGCUGGAUGUAUGAUGGCGGGGGCGUUUCUUCUACAGGUUUGGCCGACGAUAUGUGUAAUGCGAUAUGAUCGGGAGAGAUCGGGAAAGGCUAGUUAGUAUAGCCGCCGUGCCGUGAGGCAGGGGGGGGGG